AUGUCUCAGUCAAUUGCAAGGGCACUGCCCCGCCUGACGCGUCCUUCCAACCUCUCGUUAUGGCGAAGCCUAUCACAGCACGCCAGCCGCUCAUUCUCCGCCACCUGUUCGAGACACCUUAUGGAAACAACUUCGUUCUCAGAGACGCAAUUGACAGUCCGCGAAGCUGUCAGCCAGCUGUGCUCAAACUUUGCAAACACGUACUGGCAGGAGAGGGAUCAAACCGAGACGGACCCUCACGACUUUCACGCUGCUCUAGCCCAGGAUGGAUGGCUGGGCAUAGCUCUCCCAGAGGCCCUCGGGGGGUCGGGUUUGGGCAUUUCUGAAGCCACUAUGAUGAUGCACACAAUCACGGAAAGCGGGGCGGGCAUGGCGGGCGCCCAAGCCAUCCACGCAAACGUUUAUGCGACACAGCCCUUAGCAAGAUUCGGCACCAAAGAACAGCUGGAGGGUAUUAUCCCGAAUAUCAUCAAGGGCAAAUGGCGUGUUUGCUUUGGAGUCACAGAACCGAACAGUGGUCUUGACACGCUACGGCUGUCCACAACAGCUACCAAGCAGUCCGAUGGUUCAUAUGAUAUCAGUGGCCAAAAGAUUUGGAUCACCUGUGCUCAAGUGGCAUCAAAAAUGAUUCUUUUGGCGCGGACAGCUCCAUUGGACCCGAAGAAGCCAAGCAGCGGACUGUCAUUAUUCUGUAUUGAUCUCAACCGCGACCAGCCUGGUCUGGAUUUGCGUAAGAUCAGGAAGAUGGGAGGAAAGGCUGUGGAUGCAAAUGAGGUCUUCUUCGAUAAAUAUAAUAUCCCUGCCAAUACCCUGAUUGGAGAAGAGGGCCAAGGCUUUAAGAUCAUUCUUCAUGGUAUGAAUGCCGAACGGUGCCUCCUGGCCGGGGAGGCUCUUGGACUUGGCUAUGCAGCGUUGAAAAAGGCGGCUGAGUAUGCCAAGGAUCGAAAGGUCUUCCAGCGCCCGAUCGGUCAGAACCAGGCUAUAGCACAUCCGUUGGCAGAUGCGUAUAUGCAGCUCGAAAGCGCCAAGCUGGCCACAUAUCACGCAGCCAGGCUGUACGACGAGAGUAGCAGGGACCAGGGAGAUUCUGACAUCAAGGUCAGCCCAGCCUCGGUGGGAGUUGCAUGCAACAGCGCCAAGUAUCUAGCCGCCGAAGCAGCCUUUACUGCCUGUGAGCGGGCUGUCCUGGCACACGGUGGGAUGGGGUAUGCGGCUGAAUAUGAUGUGGAAAGGUGGUUCAGGGAGUCACUCGUGCCGCGGAUUGCACCUGUGAGCCGCGAGAUGAUUCUUAACUACAUUAGCGAGAAGGUACUGGGCCUUCCUCGUAGCUAUUAG